UUGGGAAUUGCCCUUUUUUGUGAUAUGCUGUUCCCUAUCCGCUCUGUUUUUAAAUGUUCUAAUUUUAGAUUAAUGGACCAGACUCGAGGACACUCAGCGCAAUUGCGUUUUUUUUCUUCAGCACAGCGGCCUUAUUCCUCAAAUAUUUACUCAACUCCUCCUCCAAAUUAUCCUUAUCAGCAUCAACGAUUACAACAACAACAUGUUGGUAUUAGCUUGAAACGUCCUCGGCAUUAUGACGAUGAUGUUGGAGAGAGUGGUGCUUCAGAAGAUUAUGUUAAUGUCGAUCAUACACCUGUGGCGCAAGCGUUAACGCCACAUUUUUAUUUACGGCAACGUUCAACAGACAAAACUAGAGGCUUGCGUCAUUUUGCGCACAAAGUUUGCGAAAAAGUUAAAAACAAAGGACAAACUAACUACAACGAAGUAGCUGAUGAAUUAGUUACAGAAUAUUUCGAUAAUUCUGUUAUGCCACAAGACCCGGAAAAAUAUCAAUAUGAUGUUCGAAAUAUUCGUCGUCGGGUUUAUGACGCAUUAAAUGUUUUAAUGGCGAUGAAUAUAAUUGAAAAAGAGAAAAAAGAAAUUCGUUGGGUUGGAUUACCAACAUCUUCAUUAGCUGAAUGUCGACGUCUCGAAGAAGAAUUGGCACAACGAAAAGAGCGAAUUCGACAGAAAACUGAGCAAUUACAGGAAUUAAUUGUUCAGUUAGUUGCUUAUAAAUCUUUGGUACAACGAAAUCGAGAAAGGGAAAGAAUUAAUGGACGUCCACCAAAUUCAGCAAUUCUUUAUUUACCUUAUAUUAUUGUUAGUACUGAACGUAAAACAAUGUAUUGGUUUAAUUUUGAUCGACCUUUUGAAAUUCAUGACGAUAUUGAAGUUUUAAAACGUCUUGGUUUGGCUUAUGGAAUAGAGCGAGAUGAAGUUCCUGCAGAACAUGUUCCACAUAUUAAAGCUUGUUUGCCUCCUGCAUUACGUGAUUAUGUUGAUCAAAUUGUUGAAGGAACAUUAACAAGUACCGAUAUUAGCCAGCCAACUGAAACUGUCUCCAAGGACACAUUUAAUGAUUCUUCGAAUUCAAUUUCCAAAUUUCAAUCACCGCCGACUGCCACAGCUGAUCCAAUAAUUGUUCGUGCCACUCGUGCAAAUCUAAGUGGAGUUGCGCCAACAGGUGAUGGUGGUCCGUUGGGCAGUUUCUUGUCGCCAAUGUCAAAACAAGUUCAACCCCAAUCAGCCUCUAAUUUGGUUCAAAUUCAACAACAGCAACCAGUUGCUAGAUGUACAGUUAUUCCUAGACCGGUUAAUACGCGUUAUUCUCCUCGUUAUUGGCAACAUCCAGUAAUUGCGUCGAGACAACCAGUAAUUUCAACGCAACUUCCAAUUCGUCAUCAUCAGCAAAUACGUCGUCCUCAACAGCGUCUUGGUGGUGUCUUACAUUAUGAAGUACCGAUAAACCCGCCACGUGUUCAACAAAUAUAUCAACAACCAUAUCGUUUUGCAUAUCCUCGGAUUGGUUAUGGUUCUCGACAAAUUGCCCAGAGACAGUAUUCUCAAAUGCAAACUGCUAAUGGGAGAAUGAUGAAUAAUUAUCAGCUUUUUGAUCGAAACGAAACUGGUUAUGCAAGAGGUUUCCAACAUCAACAACAAUAUUAUGAUGAUGAGGUGAUAGAAAGUUCUGGACAACAAUUACAACAACAAUCAAUAAUCUCUGGUGCUGUGGAAGAAGAGGUAGUUGUAGUAACUGAUAAUUAAAUAAAUUAAAUGGAAGGUGUAUACAUACAUUUUUUGAUAUUUUUCUUAUAUUAAAAGUUUUUUUUGAUUAUUUUUCGAUUUUUUAUUUGGUUUUAUGUAAUUGUUUAUUUUAAUAAAACAUGCUAAUUCCAUUCAUUAAAGAUGUUCGUUUGAAAAUCCAAUAUAAUACUUAGAACACUUUCUUUAAGUUUUACUAUUUUUUGGUUGCUAAGGAGAGAACUAACAUAUUUAUAUUUUAAGUUGGUUACUUGUUCGUCCUUUAUCCUUUUUUUGCACUUUUCCCGUGUUCGCUCUCUUUUAGGUUCUCACGUCGGCAGUUUAUUGACAGGAAUUUUCCAUCCUUUAAAAAUAAAAAGUGCUAUUAAAUUCCUAAAACUAUUUAGAGCCCAACCAACUAUAUUAAUUCCAAGUCAAAAUUU